AUGAUGAACGUGGCGCAAUGCCGGGCGUUGAUCGAAUCGACCAAGCUCUUUGUAUUCGAUUGUGAUGGUGUCAUUUGGCGCGGCGCCACGCUCAUUGAUGGCGUGGCCGAUGCCCUGGAUGGCUUGCGUCGACACGGAAAACGAGUGGCGUUUAUUACAAACAACUCGACCAAGACACGCGCCAACUUUGUAAAAAAGUUCCACGGUCUCGGCCUCACCUGGGUUGAGCGCGAUGACGUUUGGUCAUCUGCUUCGGCCGCAGCUGCCUAUCUCACUCAACGGGCCAAGCUUGACAAAAGUCGCAAGGUGUACGUCGUCGGACAGAGUGGGCUUUGUGAGGAGCUUUGCGAGGCUGGCUACACUGUAUUGGGUGGACCGGACGACGAAGGCAGCAGUGUAUUCCCUGUUCCAGAGCGCUUUGAGGUUGACCCGGCGGUUGGAGCCGUUGUCGUCGGCUUUGAUCGUGCCAUCAACUACUACAAGCUGGCUUACGCUACCAUGUGCGCGCGAGAGAAUAAGGACUGUCUCUUCUUGGCCACCAACCGCGAUGCCAUCACUCAUCUCAAUGACGAACAAGAGUUUCCGGGCGGUGGAACCAUGGUGGCAGCGCUGGAGACAGCUAUCGGGCGUGCACCCGAAGUCGCAGGCAAGCCCUCGCCUUUCUUGGUUGAUGCACUUUAUGCCUUCCAUGGUCUGGAUCGUGACUCGGCGCACGCCGUCAUGGUCGGAGACCGGCUGGACACGGACAUUAUCUUUGGUAACACGAAUAAUAUGGCAACGCUUUUGGUCAUGAGCGGGGUCACGCGUCAGUCGCAUGUGGAUGCCACCCAGCCCGGAGAAGAUGACUAUCCCACUUACAUUGCUCCCUCGCUCAAGCUGUUGGCUGAUACCUUGGCUGAAAUGUAA